AUGACCAUACCGCCAACAUACAACUCCUUCGGACCUCGAACAUGCCUGUGCCGUCCCUCCCCAGGCCCGGCGCCCCCUCCAACCGACUCCGACCCAGCCCUCCUCUCCAUCUUCCAGGGCCCGCUAACACAAGUCUACCCCUUCGUCGUGAUCCCGCCUGGCACAUCCGCCGCCGACCUCCAAGCCUCCAGACCCUUCCUGAUGUCCUGCAUCCGCAUGGUCGCCUCCUUCCGCAGCCCGAGAUCCAUGCAGGCCCAGAUGUACCAGCUCAAAGCACACGUCGCGGAACAGAUGCUCCUCCGCUCCGAGAGGUCCCUCGACCUCCUCUCCGGCCUCGUGGUCAUGGUCGGCUGGUACCACCACCACUGCAUGGCGCACACCCAGCUGCAGAACCUCGUCGCGCUCGCCGUCACGCAGGCGUCGGAGCUGGGUCUCACACGCAGCCCGGGGUACCAGGAGCGCACGAGCUUGAUGGUGCAGAAUCUCGGGGAGAUCAGGGAGAGGACGAACGAGCAGAAGAGGCUGCUCCUCGCCGUGUGGUAUCUCAGCUCGACAGUAUCUGGAGGUCUCCAGCAGAUCGAGUCCCUGACGUUCACGCCGUACAUGCGGCGAUGCCUGAGAGACCUGGAGACGGCCCGAGAAUACGAAUCAGAUGCCUAUCUCGCGUGCCUCGUCAAGAUCCAGAUCCUCUCAAACAAGAUUACCUCGCAUCGUCAGAGCCGUGAGGACGACGAAGAGGAUUCGGAAACGGUUUGCAGAGCCCCCUUUUCGGCAUAUACCUCAGCCUUCGACGCAGAGCUCAAGAACCUCGUCAGAGACAUGCCGACGAGACUACAAGACGACCACUUCAUCCGCGCCCGAGUAAACGGCGUCCGUCUCCGCCUCCACGAGCCCCCGGAACUCGACGCCGCCCUUCUCUCCUCCCUCUCCAAGUCCUCCAUCGCCUCGGGAUCACCUUCACCCCUCGACGGCUUCUACCGCGCCAACGCCGCAAUCAAGGCGUGGUACGACGACUGGCUCGUCAUCCCCAUCUCGUCCUACAACCUCGUCACGAUCCCGGUCUCCAUGACCAUCAUCCACGCCAUCACCACCCUAGGUCGCUGGGCGAAGCUUCUCCUCGCCAGUGACAUGCGGCGGCGGAAAGCGCGGCAGCCCUCGGAAGGGUCUCUUGUGCCGCCGCCGGACCCCUCCGGCGACUACAACAACCCUUCACCCCUCGACUCGGCCACGACCACGAUGAGGUCUUCCUCGUACUCCCCUGCCUCGUCGCCCGCCGACGACUCCGAACUGGCACAGGCAGUUUCCGCGCUCAAGAUCCAGUUCGCCACGCAGCCCGCCCUCGGCCUCGACGUCUCGGGCAUCCUGGGCCAGCUGGGCCGCUCCAUGGAGGAAGCCAGCGCGUUCCUGGCUUCGCAGAGCGAGGAUCCCCCGGAUGCGGGCCACAACAUCUGGUCCUACACCGCGACGAAGCUGAAGAUUGCGCAGCUGAAGCUCGAGCAGUGGGCUGAGACGGUCGCGGGUGAAGAAGAAGAUGAAGACGAGGAGGACGAGGAGGAGGGAGAGGACCCGAACGGCGACGAAGAGCUGAAUCAUCAGACCAUGCAGGGGAUUCUUAGCGGAGGUGCCAUUGACAAGAAUGUCGGCUCAUUCGUUGGUCCGGCGAGGGAUUUUGGAGUGUAUGAGGAUAACUGGGUAGGCGGCGGUGACAUGACGGGCGUCUUUGACAAUCUCGGGCCCUUUUCGUGGCCAGAUGGCGUUGGGGACUGGGGCGCUGCCAUAAUGGGCUCGAUGCAUCAAAACGGUUGA